CUCUGCCUCGCGAUACCACCUCACUCUGUGUCAGCCAUAUAUAUCUGGGAUUCCAAAUUUUUCCACUCUUAUACUGUGUGAGUAGUUUGGAACAGCUCACAUUGGAAAAUGUCUCAGUACUCAGGAAAGAUUGUGUUCUAUGAGGGAAAAUGUUUCACUGGGAGGAAGCUGGAGAUCUGCAGCAACUGCGAUAACUUCCAGGACCGAGGCUUCAUGAACAGGGUCAACUCUAUCCGUGUGGAAAGUGGGGCCUUCAUCUGCUUUGACCACCCAGACUUCAAGGGCCAACAGUACAUUCUGGAACAUGGCGAGUACCCUGAAUUCCAGCGCUGGAAUGCCCACAACGAUCACAUGGGCUCCUGCAAACCAAUCAGGAUGCACGGAGAGCACUACAGGAUGGAGCUGUUCGAGGGAGACAACUUCUCUGGCCAGUGUGUGGAGCUGUGUGACGACUGUCCAUUCCUGCAAGCACAAGGCCUGACUAAGAACUGUAUCAACUCCAUCAAGGUUUAUGGAGAUGGAGGCUGGGUGUUGUAUGAAGAGCCUAACUACCGCGGCCGCAUGUACAUCGUGGAGAGAGGAAACUACUGUACCCACAUGGAGUGGCAGGCGGAGAACCCUAACAUCCAGUCUGUUCGCAGGGUGGCAAACUACUUUUAAAAGCACCUCACUAUCUUUGGCAAUAUGACGGCAGGAGAAAGCUCAACCACUGUGGAAAGACACUCCACACUGUCAAGUCAUGUUACACUGUGUCUGUGUGGCUGUAGAAUAAUAAAAGAUGAAGAAAAUGUUGCUUGUUGUUUUAUUUUUGUACUGAAUUAUUCAAAGGCUGAAAUAAACUAGUGAUCAUAUGAUCCUCAA